AUGACUUUCUUAUCAGCAUUUUUCUUGCCACAUUCAUUACCAGAAGAUGUGAUACAUCAAAAAACCGCGUUGAAAGUUAAAUACACGAAAACUAAAAUAAAUAAUUUGUUGAUGAAGAUUGAUUAUCCAUUUGGAAAACAUCAAGAAAGGGGAAAAUGCAAUGAAGAUUAUUUAAUACCGUAUUUGCCGAAAAAUAUCACGAAGGAUCAAGAAACCAAUCCCAAUAUAACGAACCGCCAGGAAACCAAACCCAAAAAAAGAAAAUUUUUGAAACCAAAACUGAAAGUAGAAUACACGAAGGAUAAAAAAUAUGUGAUUAUGAUUGCCAAUGGUCAUCACUUUGGAAAAUAUCUUGAAAAUGGAGAUCGCAGUUAUUGGCGAUGCAAAUUCAAAGGAGAACUUAAAUGUCCUGCAACUCUUAUUAAAAUAGGAAACGAAGUGGGAGCAUCCAAACCAAUCAAGCACAAUCAUCCUGUUAUUCCUGAAAAUAAUAAAUAUCUCGAAUGUCAGAAAAUAGCAAAACAAAUCAAAAAAUUAAAAAAAUUGAAUUCCCUCAAAUUAAAAUUCAAUAAGAAUAAAAAUUAA